ACAAGCCUAUAAAAUAUCCAUCCCAGUCCCACCAACAAGUAAUUGAAUCACAUUGACAUGAUAUCAUCAACAAUGAAGUUUCCCUCAUGCAUAUUACUUCUCCUCCUAAUCCUAACCACACAUCUUUUCAUUCCUUCACUCUCAGAACAAUGCAAUCCACAUGACAAAAAAACCCUCUUUCAAAUCAAAAAACAAUUUGGCAACCCAACCAAACUCUCUUCAUGGGAUUCAACUACCGACUGCUGCAACGGAACAUGGUAUGGUGUUUUUUGCGACAAACAAACCUACCGUGUCAGCACCCUUGAUCUCCAGGACCUCGACCUUCCUCACCCUGUUCCAAUUCCACCCUCCAUAUUCAACCUCCCUUUCCUCUUAUACCUCACUCUCAUGAACACACCCAACCUCGUCGGAACUAUCCCUCCCUCCAUAUCCAACCUCACCAAACUCAAUUCCAUCUACAUCAUCCAAACCAACAUCUCCGGCGAGAUACCUAACACUCUCUCAGAGAUCAAAACCCUAGUAACCAUCGACAUCAGCGACAACAAACUCACUGGUCCCCUCCCCGCAUCACUCUCAACUCUACCUAACCUCGCUGGAAUCUUCUUCUAUAGAAACCAGCUAACAGGAGCAAUACCGAAGUCAUACGGCUCAUUCCCGAAAUCUUUUGUAGGGUUGGAUCUGUCGCGAAACCGUCUCUCCGGGAAGAUUCCAGCGUCUCUGGGGAAGCUGAAUUUGCAGAUUUUGGACUUGUCAUGGAACGCGUUUAAGGGUGAUGCUUCAAUGUUCUUUGGCUCGACGAAACAGACUUCUGAUUUAGUGUUAGCGAUGAAUUCAUUUGCUUUUGAUUUUGGGAAAGUUGAGUUGCCGAAGAAUUUGGGUAAGUUGGAUUUGAGGAACAAUAAAAUCUAUGGUACACUACCGGAGGGACUAACGGAGCUGAAGUUGCUGAAUUUUUUCUAUGUAGGCUACAAUAAAUUGUGUGGUCAAAUUCCACAAGGUGGUAACUUGGUACGGUUUUAUGAGACUAGUUAUGAGCAUAACAAGUGCUUGUGUGGUUCUCCUCUUCCCGCCUGCAAGACUUGAAUUCAAUGGAUCACAGAGUUAUAUCCUCCUAUUAUUUAUAAGUUUUAAAUAAAGAUACCGGCCUUCCUAAAUUUCAAUCCAUAAGAAUAAGGAGCAUGAUAUUUGAAUUUUGAACACCACCACUUUUUAUCAUUCUAGUUCCAUCAAAUAAUCAGUCUAUCACAUUAUUUAAUUUUCCUUUAUCUCUAGGUGUAUGCAUCUCAUUUUCAGUGGGGUGUACCCAAAAACAUUUUCCAAAUAAUAAAUGUAUUGGAAAAAUAUACUGUGUG